AUGAGUGUCGAAUAUUUCCAGCAAUAUGGUAGGUUAGACAAAAUCCUCGACAUGACCUUUUACGUGGAAAUUAGGGAGCGCCUCGAUAAAUUGAUAAUUUUCUUCGGGGUUAUCUGGGUCACGAGCAGCGCGUGCGACUUCAUCGCAUGGCUCCUGCUUUUCGGCAUAUUGACCCCCUUAGUCUAUUCUGUAGCUUAUUUAUACUUACUUAUAAAAAUGCUCACCGUACUGGACCUCAUAGCUCAAGUGAUGCAAAUUGAAUUCCGUUUGCGUUGCAUUGGCGAUUAUAUACAAGAUAACUACUGCAUGGCAGACAAAAAUAAAAGUUUUGCUGAAGAUUGCAUGUAUAUAGACAACUGGUUAUACACAAAGAACGGACAACCAGAAGCCAAAACUUUAAAAAAAGCAUUGGACGUUGCUUUAAACGCGGGCGACGAAAUAAAAUUUCUCAGUAAAUAUUAUCUGUUGUUGAUUGAACAAACUGCUUUUAUCAACAAAAUGUAUGGUAUGAGGACACUCGGGGCCGUGGAAUACUUCCCCGUUUUUUCAAACUUGACGCGUCUGUUGACAUGCGUAGCGGUGAUAAUUACCCUGGUGGAUGUCUGCGAAAAGGCGUAUCGUCAAAGGGAAAGGAUCUUUAACUCAAUCGAUCAUUACGUCAUAAUGGGAGAUCCCAAUAAUACGGUGGCUGCGGCGAUGGUAAAAUUUCGCGAACUGGUAGAUUUGAGGCCAGUCACCUUCCACAUGGCGUACUUUUUUCGUUUCGACUACUCCCUGCUCGUUUCCAUCGCUUCAGUGGUCGUCACAUAUACAAUUAUUAUUUUGCAAAGCGUUAAC